UUUGCAUUUGUUUUUAGUAAUUGAAAGCCAUGUAUUUACUUACAGAGUUGUCUCCUCACCAGACUAUGAGCUCCUUGAAAGAAGGAAUCGUGUCUUACUCAUCUUCGUAUCCCCAGUGUCUAGCACAGUUCCUGAUACAUAGUUUAAGCUGAAUUUUGGGACAUGGCCACUGCUUCACCAAGGUCUGAUACUAGUAAUACCCACAGUGGAAGGUUACAGUUACAGGUAACUGUUUCUAGUGCCAAACUAAAAAGAAAAAAGAACUGGUUUGGAACAGCAAUAUAUACAGAAGUAGUUGUAGAUGGAGAAAUUAAGAAAACAGCAAAAUCCAGUAGUUCAUCUAAUCCAAAAUGGGAAGAACAACUAACUGUAAAUGUGACCCCACAAACUGUAUUGGAAUUUCGAGUUUGGAGUCAUCACACUUUAAAAGCAGAUGCUUUAUUGGGAAGAGCAACAAUAGAUUUGAAACAAGCUCUUUUAAUACACAAUAGAAAAUUGGAAAAGGUGAAAGAACAAUUAAAACUUUCCUUGGAAAACAAGAAUGGUGUAGUACAGACUGGUGAAUUAACAGUUGUACUUGAUGGAUUGGUGAUUGAACAAGAAAACCUGACAAACUGUAGCUCUCCUCAAACCAUAGAAAUACAGCAAAAUGGUGAUGCCUUACAUGAAAAUGGAGAGCCUUCUUCAAGGGCAAAUACCAGGUUGGCUGUUGAAGGUACAAAUGGAAUAGAUAAUCAUAUACCUACCAACACUGUAGUUCAGAAUUCAUGCUGUUCCUAUGUAGUUAAUGGAGACAACACACCUUCAUCUCCAUCUCAGGUUGCUGCCAGACCCAAAAAUACACCAGCUCCAAAACCACUCACAUCUGAGCCUGCCAAUGACGCUGUUAAUGGAGAAUCAUCCUCAUCUGCACCAAUGAAUACUGCUUCUUCCCUGAGUACUCCAAUAGUAUCUGAAGAAACCAUCUUACCUUCAAAUUGCUCAAGUACUACUGUCGAAGAUCCUCCAGUUCAAGAGAUACUGACUUUCUCAGAAAACAAUGAAUGUAUUUCAUCUGCCAGUGCAGAAUUGGCCUCCGAAGUCAGAAGUAUGUUAGACUCUGACAAUUCUAGUUCUGGAAAUAGUACUGCUUUUGAAGCAGCCAAAUUAAGACAGCCAGAUGGGUGUGUGGAAUCUGUGCGACAGCAGUCUGCAAAUGCAAACACAGAAAGUUUGCCAUCGGGGUGGGAACAGAGAAAAGAUCCUCAUGGCAGAACCUAUUAUGUGGAUCAUAACACUCGAACUACUACGUGGGAGAGACCACAGCCUUUACCUCCAGGCUGGGAAAGAAGAGUCGAUGAUCGUGGAAGAGUAUAUUAUGUUGACCAUAACACCCGAACAACCACGUGGCAGCGGCCUACCAUGGAAUCUGUGCGGAAUUUUGAACAGUGGCAGUCUCAGCGGAACCAAUUACAGGGAGCUAUGCAACAGUUCAACCAACGAUACCUCUAUUCGGCUUCAAUGUUAGCAGCAGAAAAUGACCCAUAUGGACCUUUGCCACCAGGCUGGGAGAAAAGAGUGGAUUCAACAGACAGGGUUUACUUUGUCAAUCAUAACACAAAAACAACACAGUGGGAGGAUCCAAGAACUCAAGGCUUACAGAAUGAAGAACCCCUGCCAGAGGGCUGGGAAAUAAGGUAUACCCGAGAAGGUGUUAGGUACUUUGUUGAUCAUAACACAAGAACAACAACAUUCAAAGAUCCUCGCAAUGGGAAGUCAUCUGUUACUAAAGGCGGUCCACAGAUUGCUUAUGAGCGCAGCUUCAGGUGGAAACUUGCCCACUUCCGUUAUUUGUGCCAGUCUAAUGCACUACCCAGUCAUGUAAAGAUCAAUGUGUCCCGGCAGACAUUGUUUGAAGAUUCUUUUCAACAGAUUAUGGCAUUAAAGCCCUAUGACCUGAGGAGGCGACUGUAUGUGAUAUUUAGAGGAGAAGAAGGACUUGAUUAUGGUGGCCUAGCAAGAGAAUGGUUUUUCUUGCUUUCACAUGAAGUUUUGAACCCAAUGUAUUGCUUAUUUGAGUAUGCGGGCAAGAACAACUAUUGUCUGCAGAUAAAUCCAGCAUCAACCAUUAACCCAGACCACCUUUCAUACUUCUGUUUCAUUGGUCGCUUUAUUGCUAUGGCAUUAUUUCAUGGGAAGUUUAUUGAUACUCGUCUCUCUUUACCAUUCUACAAGCAUAUGCUAAGUAAAAAACUUACUAUUAAGGAUUUGGAAUCUAUAGACACUGAAUUUUAUAACUCCCUUAUCUGGAUAAGAAACAACAACAUUGAAUAAUGUGGCUUAGAAAUGUACUUUUUUGUUGACAUGGAGAUUUUAGGAAAAGUUACUUCACAUGACCUGAAGUUAGGCGGUUCCAAUAUCCUGGUGACCGAGGAGAACAAAGAUGAAUACAUUGGUUUAAUGACAGAAUGGCAUU